CCUCCCAGACGAGAGACUGAAAGUGCUGGAGUGCCUGAACAAGCUGAGACAGCAGCAUGUGGACAUAAUGAAGGUUUUUAACGAUCCAAUUCAUGGACACAUUGAAAUACAUCCCCUUCUUAUUCGCAUCAUCGACACACCUCAGUUUCAGCGCCUGCGAUACAUUAAGCAGCUGGGUGGCACUUACUUUGUUUUUCCAGGAGCCUCUCACAACCGCUUUGAACACUCUAUAGGGGUGGGCUACCUAGCAGGAUGUCUGGUUCGUGAACUGAAGGAGAGACAGCCAGAACUGGAUAUAACCCAGCGAGAUAUCCUCUGUGUAGAAAUUGCUGGGCUUUGUCAUGAUUUGGGUCAUGGGCCAUUUUCGCACAUGUUUGAUGGAAGAUUUAUUCCACACGUUCGUCCGGAUUUGAAGUGGAAGCAUGAAACUGCUUCUGUUGAAAUGUUUGAGCACCUGAUCACUUCCAAUAAACUGGAAGAAGUCAUGAAGUCGUAUGGUCUUGUCUUGGAAGAAGAUAUGAACUUCAUCAAGGAACAAAUAGGAGGGCCUAUAGAUGAAACUGCUUGUGAGAAAUCAUGGCCCUACCGUGGUCGACCAAAGGAGAAAAGUUUCCUAUAUGAGAUAGUAGCUAACAAAAAAAAUGGCAUUGACGUUGACAAAUGGGAUUAUUUUGCAAGGGAUUGCCAUCACCUAGGAAUCCAGAAUAAUUUUGAUUAUAAGCGAUUACUUAAAUUCACUCGGGUCUGUGAAGUAAAUAACCAGAAGCAUAUCUGUACUCGUGACAAGGAAGUUGGAAAUUUGUAUGACAUGUUCCACACACGGAAUUGCCUGCACCGGCGAGCAUACCAGCAUAAGAUUGGCAACAUCAUUGAAAUAAUGAUUAUGGAAGCCUUUCAAAAAGCAGACAAUUUUUUUAAAAUUGAAGGCUCUGGAGGAAAACUGUACCAGAUUUCUACAGCAAUGGAGGACAUGGAAGCCUACACUAAGUUAACUG